AUGGAUAUUGAUAGUCUUGAAAAGUGGAUGAGGGAUUGGGAAGAGAGGCAGAAAGCAGAAUGGGAAGCCAGAAUGGCGGACUUGGAACACCUGAUCAGGGAGGAGGUAAGAAAAGGAAUUAGGAAGGACAAAUGCGAGAGCUGUGAGAGAAGGAGGGAAGUAGAGGAAGAAACAAUAACCUGGAGGGAAGAACAAUUCAGGGAGAUGCAGGAAAGAGUGAGGCAAGCGGAGGAAGAGAUAGAGAACCUGGCUGGGCAAGUAAGGGAAUGGAAGGGGAUGGCGAAUUCGUGGAGGCUGAAAGCGGAGGAUCUUGAGCAGACACACAGGAGAAUACGAAGAGAGGAUAGGGAUGAAAGAGUGGAGAGGCAACCAACCCAAGUAGCCCCUGGAAUGGCGCCUGGGAGUUCCCUAGAGGGGAGGAUUCACUUGGACAUAGAGCAGAAAGGUGUCAGAGGCGAUGGAGGUCUCGACAAUCCGGAAGAGCAAAGAGGAAAUGAUGAUGCAGGUUUUCAGACUGAUGGAGGAGGUGGAGGAAGUUCUGAAGGGGAGGAGGAGGAGUAUGACUGGGCACAGGACGAUGCAAGGUACUGGGAGGAUGAGUACGAGGACGAGGAGGUUAGGGACGAAAAGGAGGCGGAAGUCCAAAAUUGGCUAGCUAAGGACUGGGAUGCGGAAGACAGGGAGAGAGAGGAGGCAGCAAAGUACUAUAAUCCUCCAUCGAAAGCACUGGAAGAGUAG